AUGCGAGGAUUAAGGGCGCGCCAAAAUUUAGAUAAUAGUGGCCACUUGAUUUUUCAACCGCGAAAGACUUCCCAUUACCAUCAGUUCUGCAUUUUCGGAGUCACCGAUUCAGCGGCGGAGGAGGAAAUGGCCGUUCGAAGAUCGUCGAGUUCGAGGAAGAGAGUGGAUGCUGCUCCCUCCGAUGCCGCCACCACUGGUCCUUCCCUUGUGAGAGCCAAAGACGGCAGUGCUUUUGCUCGAUGUGAUGAGUGUGGCAAAAGUGUUCCGGCCGCCCUAAUCAGCAUGCACAGCUGUAGCCUCGAUACUAAAAUUAGAAUGAAUUUAGAGGCUCAGACUGUCGAGAAGCAAACUCAAGCUAAAAAGCCAGCUGAAAGGAAAAGAUCAGCACCAUCGGAACCAAAAGCCACUAAAUCCAAAACGGACAAGAGGAAGAAGAAAAACAAAGAUCCAAAUGCCCCCAAGCGCCCUCCUACAGCCUUCUUUAUCUUCAUGGACGACUACAGAAAGUCAUUUAAAGAAGCAAAUCCUGAUUCUAAAGGUGUUAAAGAGGUUGCAAAGGAGGGCGGUGAGAAAUGGAAAUCAAUGACUGAUGAAGAGAAGAAGCCUUACCAGGAUAAAGCUGCUGAGCUGAAAGCAGAGUACAAAAAAGCCUUGGAAACCCAAAACGCUGAGAACGAAGAUGAUGAGAAAGACACAGAAGAGGUUGCAGAGAGGGAGGCAGAGGAAGUAACAGAUGAGUAAAACAGCUAGAAACAGCUUCAUCGCUUGGUUCCUUUUGUAAAUUCUCUAAUUUAACCAAAAACCGCCUACGCAAAUAUAGUACAAAUGCUUAUUAGUGUUCGACCCCACAUCGAUAAGCUUCUUCUUAGCAUACACGUUUUUGAAACUAAAAGAUAUUAGUCGCUAAUGGGGUUGGGCUUUUGUAAAACUUUUCGGCCUUUUCUGACAGUUUUAUGGCCGCCAUUUGUUUGAACGAUAUCAUAUUUUGGUGCAUGUUCUUGGAAUAUGCGACUAUAAUUGGACGUA